ACAUACGACGCUAUUAUGGCCGAGCAUGACGUCACGGGGGGCAAUCAACUCCAAAGUGCCUGGAAUCAGAGAACCGACUCUUUCCGGAAUCGACUCCCAAGUCUAUUAAAGGCUGUCGGGAGCUGCAGCGAGUUCACACCAGUUUUGGGGCCUUUGACCUCAAACAUGGCCUCAUUGCAGCCUGCCAUCGUCCUGCUCCUGCUUCUGACUCUUGCUUGCGGGCUGAGGCAGGGCAGUGUGAUGAUUGAGACCCUGAAUUCAGAGCAGGCCAUCGACCCAAGCGAAGGCACCUUAGAUGAAGGAGGCGCAGAGCAGCAGGAUGGCUCGGCAGAAGGCCAGAGAUACUUGGUGUUUUGUGGUGAAAAUGCUAUGGCGGUAGUUUUGCCCCCAGGCUCUCUCUCUGAGAUGCAGGUCUUUGAUUCAUCAGGAAUGUAUCCUGUCUUCGGCCUUCCAGAGGCCUGUGACUACUCUCUAACCAGGGAAAACGGGAGGGUUGUUCUUCACAUCCACUUUGCUGGCUGUCCUGUCACUGUUGAGGAGGGCAGCUACACUCUGAGAUUCCUGUAUCGUAACAGCGCUGGGCAGCUUGAGAUCGUCACAGUGUCCUGCAGUAACUCCAGUCACGCGCCCUCUUCAAAAACGCGAUCUUCACGCCAUCCUGUUCUGUCCUACCCUGCUGUCAAGAUAUCCCCUCCCCAAGCAGUGCAGCUGUACUUUCCCUAUGGGGAGCCAGUGUCCGUUCCCCAACCUGAUCCACUGCCACUGGCAACACUGACCGCUUCCCCAUUGGAUCUGCUGUUCUUUCCUGAAUUUGAUCCGCUGUUCCCUGCACCAGGGGUUCCACUGCCGGCUUUCCAAUGGGAACAACCGUCUCCUACACCAACCAGUAUGCAUGUGCCGGCGAUGCCCUCGUCUCUUGGGCGUCGUUCAAAAUGCAAACAACGAGGGGAUCGACUCUCCUCUCCCCGAUUGGAGCCACUGUCCCCUACACCAGUGGAGCCACUGUCCUCUCCUGAAUUUGGUCCACUGUUCCCUGCACCAGGGGAUCGACUGUCCUCUCCCCAAUUGGACCCACUGUCCUCUGCUGAAUUUGGUCCACUAUUCCCUACACCAGGGGAUCGACUCUCCUCUCCCCGAUUGGACCCACUGUCCUCUGCUGAAUUUGGUCCACUGUUCCCUACACCAGGGGAUCGACUCUCCUCUCCCCAAAGGAAGCCACUGUCCCCUACACCAGUGGAGCCACUGUCCUCUCCUGAAUUUGGUCCACUGUUCCCUACACCAGGGGAUCGACUCUCCUCUCCGCGAUUGGACCCACAGUCCUCUCCUGAAUUUGGUCCACUGUUCCCUACACCAGGGGAUCAAAUCUCCUCUCCCCAAAGGAAGCCACUGUCCCCUACACCAGUGGAGCCACUGUCCUCUCCUGAAUUUGGUCCACUGUUCCCUACACCAGGGGAUCGACUCUCCUCUCCGCGGUUGGACCCACUGUCCUCUCCUGAAUUUGGUCCACUGUUCCCUACACCAGGGGAUCGACUCUCCUCUCCCCAAUGGAAGCCACUGUCCCCUACACCAGUGGAGCCACUGUCCUCUCCUGAAUUUGGUCCACUGUUCCCUACACCAGGGGAUCGACUCUCCUCUCCCCAAUGGAAGCCACUGUCCCCUACACCAGUGGAGCCACUGUCCUCUCCUGAAUUUGGUCCACUGUUCCCUUCACCAGGGGAUCGACUCUCCUCUCCCCGAUUGGACCCACUGUCCUCUCCUGAAUUUGGUCCACUGUUCCCUACACCAGGGGAUCGACUCUCCUCUCCCCAAUGGAAGCCACUGUCCCCUACACCAGUGGAGCCACUGUCCUCUCCUGAAUUUGAUCCACUGCUCCCUACACCAGGGGUUCAACCGCCCACUUCCCAAUGGGAGCAACUGUCCCCUACACCAACCAGUAUGCAGGUGACUGCGAUGCCCUCAUCUCUUGCGUUGCAUUCAAACUUCAAAAAAGGCUGCAGCUUUCCUAGUGGUCAGAGAUUGCCGUGUGGUCGUCCUGGGACUACAGCUGCCGAGUGUCUGAGGAGAGGAUGCUGCAGAGACGAGGCGACUUUCGCCUGUUACUACCCCAUGGAUGUAUGUUUGGCCGACAGGCAGUUCAUCUUUGUCGUUCCCUCCAACGUUGCUGGUUUGCCCAUAAACCCUGCACGUCUGAUGGUGGUGGGGAGGAGUAGCUGUAAACCAGUCAUUGCCAACAGAGACUUUGCCGUUUUCAAGUUUGGGGUGACGGAGUGUGGAACACAUUCUUACCAAAUUGGAGAAACAACCGUUUACUUGGCUGAAGUGCAGUCACCAAUCAGGAAGCGCGUCCUGCAGUACGGCAUCAUUACCAGGGAUAUUCCUGUCAGGCUUAUGGUUGAGUGUCGCUACUCAAAGGGCAGUUUGGACCUUGCGGACUCUCCGGUCCUUGCAGACCCUCUGGCGCCGCAGGCUUCUCAAAGCCGUUUGAUGAAGGGCUGGGCUAGUGCUGGAUACAUGGUGAAGAGUGCCAGCCUGCCAGCCUUGGUGAGGGCCAAGGGACUGUAUGGAGUCCAGCUUCGGAUUGCGCAGGAUGAGACCUUCACCAAAUUCUGCUCUGAGGAUCACCAGCCCCUGAAAGUUCUCCUGGGUAAACCUGUGUACCUGGAACUGCGAAUAAACGCUCCCAACCCUAAAGCCACUCUGGUGGUGCACUACUGCGUGGCCUACCCUCGCUCUGCUAAGAGUGCCUUGGUGCUGCUGUAUGAGGGUUGCCCCAACCCUCUCGAUUCCGACAACAUCUCGAUCCUCUACGUGGCCGGCCAAUCGCAGGAUCCCCACGUGCGGCGUUUUGAAGUGAAGGCCUUCCAGUUUAUGGACAAGUCCACCAAUAAAUACCUCAAUGAGGAGAUCUACUUCAUGUGCUCUACCGAGGUCUGUAUGCCGUCCCAGACUCCGUGUAAGGAGACCUGCUUUGAUGGCAAGUCUUCAUCUACCACAGCUGCAGAUGUGUUGAACUCAUAUUCUCAAUUAAAAGUCAAGCACUUUUAAAUUCAA